AUGCUCAGCGGUCGAUGCUUCAAAGAUGGGUGUGCAAAUAGACUUCAUGGAAAGUGUGAAUGUGACGGCAUCAUCCUAUUUUGCAAAAAGCACAGCUUUGAGCACUUAGAAAAAUCAAGUUCUAAAGGGCAUCAAUUAAUAAGACUUUUCCCCAAGCCAACAGAAGAAAUCAAUUAUCCAAUCAUCAAGAAACUAAAAGAACUCAAAAAAGAUAUAUAAAAAAAAGAAAUUUAACUUGAGCCUUUUUAUGCAAGUUUAUUUAGGAAGUAAUUUUGUCGGUUUUUAUUUGAUAGCUAUAAUUUGUAGAUAUAUGAUAUGAGAAAAUCUCCUGAUACUAUAUCAAAAAAUACAAAAUUGAGGCAAUAAAAAACGCAAAUAAAAUCAUAAAGAAUUUUAUUGAUAUUUAGCUUUUUUAUUAAGAGACAUCAGCUCUGUUUUGUUUUUUGAAGCUUAAAUUUAUUUUUUUAUAAUUUUAGAGAAUAAAAAUUAUUGAUUAUAUUAAAGCUUCGUGCAAAAUAAAUAUAAAUUAUAAUUCUGCUUUUGAAAAAUAUGUUUGCCAGAUUAAUGAGGCAGAAGCAAGAUGCAAUAAAAUGCUUAAAAUUAUUUAUAGUGACUUUGACUUAGCUACUGAAGGCGAGAUAGAGAGUGUGCUUAAACUUAACAUUUCAGACGCUCAGCGUGAGAUGGCUGGAUGAGAUAUAAAAGAGUGCUACUUGGACUAUAAAGAUAUAAAUGUAGCAAUUAGAAAUACUUAUGAAAUACCUUUUAAUCCUUUUAGAAAACCUUUAGAGGAUGUCAUUGAAUCAAGUGAGCUUUCGUAUUUUAUGCAUAAUACUUCGGAUUUUGCUACUAUAAACUUAGAAAACUUCCAAAUUUCUUCUAAAGUAACUCUUCCAACUCAAGAACCAAUUCACGGAUACACUAGAAGCUGUAUACUUCCUGAUCAUUCUUAUUUUUAUUGCUGUAGUCCAAACAAUAGAUCAGGAUUAACAUUUAUAAUUGACAAAAAUAAAAACGUGAAACUGCUGAGAAAAUCGAAAAAUAAUUACUUACUUUCCACCAUGAGUGAACAAAAAAAUUUUGUUCUUACGAAGAGGGGUUAUUUAAAAAUUUUAAAGUAAUUUUUUUUUAGAAAUUUAAAAAAUCCCAAAUUAACAAAAAUUUAAAAGCAAAUAUUAAUUUAAUUUGUAAAAUUGAGGUUUUAAAAUGCAAGCUGUUUAAAAUUAAACAGAAUUAGAUAGAGACUUCGUUAUAAUGUAUUCAAUCGUUCAUGUUGGGCUUUUGGGCAAAAAAUAGGGAUUUUCCAAUGAUUUUGUUCGCUCACGGAGGCGAGCUAGCUGAUCCUAUCUUUUUUUUUAAUAAUUUUAUCUAUUUAAUUGGAGGGUAG